UGACACAUUUUGUGCAUCAGUCCAUAAAGACAGCAGACGACAUCGUGCUAUGCUAGAAAUGUGAUUAUUUCUCAAUUUUAUCUCCUAAUCAAAGUAUUUCUAGCAGCGAUGGUGACAAAAUUUUAUUAUUUGUUUCUGCUACUAAUAAGUGUUAAAGUUGGUUUGUGUAGCGAAAGGGAAACUUACACGAUAGGAAUAAUCUUUAAUGAAAUGCCAAAUGAUGCUGAAUAUCCAUUGAAUGAUACAAUUAUCAGAACUAAUAUCAUCGAAAAACAUUCGCCGAUAUAUCUUGCCGCUAAUAUACAAACCACUUCCAAGACUGAUAUAUUUGAUACUUCAAAAGUCGUUUGUAAUCUAGUAGAUGAUGGUAUCGUCGCCGUUUUCGGCCCACCGACUUCUGUCACAAGCCCUGUGAUAGAGUCAACUUGUAAGAGCCUUAAUAUCCCCUACAUAGUGACUUCAUGGAGAAAAACUAAUUUGGACGAAUCAGAUGUAUUUUUGAAUUUCUAUCCAGAUGCCGACAAACUGGCCAAAGGUAUUUCUGAAGUAGUAAAGAGCCUAGAGUGGAUAGGUUUUAUUAUUCUAUAUGAAGACGAAGAAGGUCUAGUUAAAUUACAAGAAGUUCUGAAACUUCAAAAUGUUGAGAAAAUGGAUAACCAAGAUUAUAUACGUGUUGAACAACUCACCAAUGGGCCUGAUUAUAGGCACAUUUUCAAGAAAUUUAAAAAUUCUACUGAGAACAAUGUCAUACUUGAUUGUAAAACAGAAAAUAUUUUACCAAUAUUAGCUCAAGCAAAAUCAUUAGACAUGGUAGACAUUCGGUACAACUAUUUUCUAACAUCAUUGGAUGCCCAUACGAUUGACUUUUCUAGUCUGAAUGUGACUGCAAACAUUACCACAAUUAGAAUUUUUGACUCUGACAAUGAGAACUUUUUAAGCGCAAUACAAAAAUGGAAUAUAGCGGCUGUUGAGUUUAACAGAAAAACAAUGACUAUUGAUCCAGAUACUCUAAAGACUGAAACAUUACUCUUUCAUGAUGCUCUGGUUUAUUUAUCUACAACAUUGAAGGAUAUGCCUUACAUUUCCAACGCAAAAGUAAACUGUUUUGGAAUGGAUAUAUAUUUGGAUGGUCCGGAUAUUAUUAGAUCAACAAAAGAGAAAAAUGACUUGGCUACCAUAACUGGACCAAUAAAGUUUGAUGACAGCGGCAAUAGAGAAUACUUUAAUCUGUAUGUGUACACCCAAUUAGACGACCAACUUAUCGCUACAUAUAUUGCUGAAAAUGAAACUCUUAAAUUGAUGAGAACUUCAGAAGAAACAAAUCUAGCAGCUAUAUCAAGCUUGAAAAAAGUUAAUGUCAUUGUUUCCACAAGAGUUGGUGAACCAUAUUUGAUGCUAGCUGAAUCUCCCGAUGGAAAAGUAUUGGAAGGAAAUGAUAGGUACGAAGGCUAUACCAAAGAUUUAAUGAACGAAAUUGCUGCUAUUUUGGAAUUUAAAUACGAAAUUAUGAUCACAGAAAAUAACGUUUAUGGAAAAUAUCUAGCCGACGAAAAAAGAUGGAAUGGUUUAAUUGGCGAUUUACUAGAAGGGAAUGCACAUUUGGCUCUCUGCGAUUUGACUAUCAAUCAACAAAGGCGAUCAAUAGUGGAUUUUAGCAUGCCAUUUAUGACUUUAGGAAUCAGUAUUCUACACAAGUCACCCCAGAAGAGUGAUUCCAAACCAUUUGCAUUUUUGGAUCCGUUUGAUACGUCAGUAUGGAUUUAUUCAGCAACAACGUACCUGGUAGUAUCUAUAAUACUUUUCUUUAUAGCAAGGAUGACUCCAGGGGAUUGGGAAAAUCCGCAUCCUUGUGAUCAAGAACCAACUAUGGCCGAAAAUAUAUGGAGCUUACGAAAUUGUCAUUGGGCAACACUGGGUACUAUUAUGAACCAAGGAUGUGAUAUAUUACCCAAAGGAAUAUCGACAAGAUUAGCGCUAGCCAUGUGGUGGUUCUUUGCUCUUAUUAUUACCAAUUCGUACAUUGCCAACUUAACUGCCUUUUUAACCAAAGCCAAUUUGGAUUCUCCCAUAAAAAGUGUUGAUGACCUUGGAAAGCAAAGUAAGAUCAAAUAUGGAUUUUUAGAAGGUGGAGCCACAGAACAGUUUUUCAGAGAAUCUAACAAUUCACUAUACCAAAGAAUGUACUUAAAUAUGAAAUCGGCAAGACCAAGUGUUCUAGAAACCGAUAAUUUAGAUGGCGUACAAAGAGUACAAAAUACAAAAAAUGAAUUAUAUGCUUUUUUAAUGGAAUCCACAACAAUAGAAUACCAUACUGCAACAAAAUGUAACUUGAAACAAGUUGGAGAUUGGUUAGAUUCAAAAAGUUAUGGAAUUGCUAUGCCCAUGAAUGCUAACUAUAGAAGUGCCAUUGACAAAGCGAUUCUACAGCUGCAAGAAACUGGAGCAUUAAAUGCUCUCAAACAAAAAUGGUGGAAAGAAAAAAGAACGGAUACAUUAUGCGAAGUGCUAAGAAAUUUAGACAAAGACGAUAAUGAAGGAGAUCUCGAUCUAGCAAAAACCAGUGGUAUAUUUCUUGUUUUGGUUGUUGGAGUUAGUAUUGCAUUGGCUAUGGGAUGGAUUGAAUUUUUGUGGAACGUGAGAAACAUAUCUGUCGAGGAACAUAUGACUUACUGGGAAGCUCUCAAAAUGGAGUUAAAAUUUGCAUUUAAUAUUUGGAUAACAAGAAAGAAAAUAAAACCCGAUGUAUCUGAAUCGUCUGCAUCUUCGGAAAGCAAAAGUGAGAAAAUUGAUAAUAGGAGCAUGAUUCAGAAUUUUUUACAUAAUGCUGGAUCUUUCAUGAACGUUAAUCAGGGUUCUUAAUUAUAUAGGAACUUAAUACUUUGUUUUAAAUGCAUCCAUUUUAAAAUUACUAGGAAUAGAACCUACAAUUAGUUGCAUAUAUUUAAUAAAAAUGUAGGUAAAAAAUACAACAGGAUUUAUUCUAGUUGUAAUAUUUUUAAUGAAUUGAAGUAUACUAAACCUAGGUACAAAUUUGUUAAAUAAAACAUUUUUAAAAUCAAUAAAAGGCUUUUUUUAUUA